AUGUGUGCACAAUAUAUCGAGCAGCAAGACGCCCAGGUCCUGAACCGAAAGCGUUUCGACAGUGUCGCCAUGGCCGCACGACCCGACCAACAACAGAACGAGUCGGACUUUACAACACCCAGAACAUCAUGGCAGCAACAACCGACCGACAGUGGCCUCAGCAUUUGCGAGACUGGAAGACAACGAGCAGCACAGCGUCCUGCCGGACUGCCUUUCGACUGUUGGAACUCACCACUCUGCCCUCGCAACAUGCCGCAGAACGGUUCGGCGCGAUCCGCCGGUCAAACUGUGUGCAACCCCGGCACAAGCCUAAGCAACAAUACCACGACCAACCACACAACGACAAACUCAACAACAAUUUCUUCGCGCAAUGAUACUCCUACAACCGAGAUUAUCAUUCCCGCCGACUCGCCGCCAUUUGAUGCUCGCCCUAGUCUAAAGCGUGCCCGUACCGACACCACCUGCGACACGCUUGACGAAGCACCCACUGUCAAGCCUGCGCCAAAGGAAAAGAGACUACCACACCAUGUUAUCGAGCGACGUUAUCGCGAGAACCUCAACACACAGAUCGAGCAGUUGCGUGCAGCGGUUCCCUCAACGACGUCGUCAUGUUUGACCCUUGACAUGGAGGAUAUUGGGCCCACGUACGCAUCUGCUAGUGCAUCGCAGAAUGCUGCUGCUGCCACCAAUAAUGGCAUCAGACCUCUCAGCAAAGCCGGCGUAAUUGCUCAUGCGGCCGAGUACAUGCGUCAGCUGUCUACUCAAAACGACGAGGUGGAAAAACGCAAUGCAGAGCUACGCAUGACAGUUGAAGCGCUGCGACGGCUUGUCAACUGCGAAGGAUGUGGGGUUGUUCAACAACUCAUCGAUGCUGGAUCAUGA